UUAAGCUAUACCACUUAACGGCCACAAGGGAGCGCUAAAGCACAUCGCAACAGAAAGCCCCCCAUCUGCACUGUGAAGCAAUUUGUGUUGGAGAUGCUGGGUCUGUCUUACUUGUGCGCAGCACGUUUGUUACCAAGAAACAAAUCCAUGAAGCAUGACGGCUCAUAAUGGCUGCCAAAGGUUCGCCGUGUUUCUCCUCUCCCUGGGUGUGUUGUGCGUUGAUAGUGGUGAUGAACAGCCACGCGUACUGAAUACAGAUGACUCCCAUCCCCAGUACGCACACAGUUUAGUCGGACUGGAGCAUGUGGUGUUAGUGAUACAGAGCCAGAAGAAUGCCUACCACAGCCGGCGUGCGAACCAGAGGAAAGAGCAGAUUCUCCAGCAAGCCACCCAGUUAGGCCAGGGGGCUCCCGUGGUCCUCCUGCUCCACGAGCUCUCCCAGAACGACGGGGACUGGAGCGUUCUCCCGGCACUGCCUCACCUCUCAGUGUCCUUCAGCCAAUCAGCAGCCUGGUUUCUGUUUGUGGAGGAGGAGACCAGAAUCACGCUGACGUCUCUGCUGCACGUCCUCAACAGACACGACGCCCGACAGGAAUGGUUCCUGGGCAAGCGUCUCCACGACAACAAGGCCACCAUCAUCCACCACUACGCCUUCUCCGAGGACCCCCCGUCCUUCGGCUACCCCGACCCUGCGGCCGGCUGGGUGCUGAGCACCCCGCUGCUCCACAGACUUGCUGAAAGGAUUCAAUAUUCCCCUCUGAAGUCUGACUUUACUAUAGACCUGAAACAUGAGAUCGCGCUGUACAUCUGGGACGAGGGACGGGGGCCGGAGCUCCAGGACGUGCCAGAGUUCUGCUCCAGACCCGGGGCCCACUGUGCCACGGCCAUCACGGCGCCCCUCCCAGACUGCGGUGAUCCCGUGAAGAAAGAAGACGUUUUUGUUGCCGUGAAAACUUGUGAAAAGUUCCACUCCGACCGAGUGCCCGUCGUCAAGGCGACGUGGGAGAAGGAUGCAGCGUUUCUGGAGUACUACAGUGAUGUCACCGAUCCCUCCAUACCCACAAUGCACCUGGGCGUGCCCAACACUGAGCGAGGACAUUGUGGAAAGACCUUUGCCAUUUUGAAGAGGUUCCUUAGUUCCGCUGUUCCGGACACUGAUUGGCUCCUCAUCGUCGACGACGACACCCUAAUCAGUUUGCCACGGUUACGCAGUCUGCUGCGUUGCUAUGACGCCACAGAGGCUGUGAGCCUGGGCGAGCGCUAUGGCUACGGCCUGGGACAGAAAGGAUACAGCUACACCACUGGGGGAGCCGGCAUGGUGUUCAGCAGAACAGCGGUGGCCCGGAUCCUCUCCAGCGGCUGUAGCUGUUACCAUGACGACGCUCCGGACGACAUGGUGCUGGGGAUGUGUCUCACCGCGCUGAACGUCCCCAUCACGCACAGCCCCCUGUUCCACCAGGCCCACCCCGAGGACUACCCCCCUGCCUGGCUCUCCAACCAGCGGCCGAUCUCCUUCCACAAGCACUGCCCCACGGACCCCGUGGCCGUGUUCACACACUGGCUGCAGGACCGCCACGACCGCCAGGACCGCGCUGAGCUCUAGUGCCGUUUGUGUGUGUUUGUGCGUGUGUGCGUGUGUGCGUGUGUGUGUGUGGGUGGGUGUGUUUGUUUGUGUGGGUGAGCGAGUGAGGGCGCCUGUUUGAGUGUGUUUGUGUAUCGUGAUAGAGUGAAUGAGUUUGGGAGUUUUUGUUGUUGUCCAACAAAUUCACGGGUAUGUGCGUGCGUGCGUGUGUGUGUGCGUGCGUGUGUGUGUGUGUGUGUGUGUGUGUG